AAAAUGCUCUCCCCACUGCAGACUUGAAAGGCUGUGAUGAAACUGUGUUGUGGGCAGUUACCGGUACUUCUCUCGGGACAGGGGAUGGGACGUCAUCAUCAUUUCCUUUCCCACCCCUCCCAGCCUUUUGGCCCCGUGCCCCCCUGGGUCCAAAGGUGAGAGGAGGAGCAUAAAAACCCCAGAGCCUCAGAAGCUCCGGUCUUUCAUCAGGGACUCUUUCCAUCCUUGGCUUGGCUGCAGGAUGAAGCCCCUGGCUGCCCUGAGGAUCCAGGCUCUCUUUUGCUUCUGUGCCUGCCUCUCUGCCACAUCCUUAGGUGAGAAACAAAGCUAUCUGUUGUUGUUUCACAGCUUGGGAGAGGGUCUUCUGGACCCAAAUCGGCCACCAGCCCAAGUUUCUGGAAAAGAGGGUUGUUGUUGUUGUUGUUGUGUUUUUUUGUUUUGUUUUGUUUUGUUUUGUUGUUUUUUUUGAGAGAGAGAGAGAGAGAAUAUAGGAAGCUGCCUUAUACAAUUUCAGACCUGUAGGUCCCUCUAGACCAGUGUUGUCGGCACUGACUGGCAGCAGCUUGCCAGGAUUUCAGCCAGGGAGUCUUUCCCGACCCUACCUGGAGAAGCCAGGGAGUGAACCUGAGACCUUCUACAUGCAAGGCAGGCACUCUGCCACUGUGUUACGGCCCUCCUCUGCUUCACUUGGAGAUAAACUUCAUCUAAGUCAGUGAGUGCUUGAUCUGACGAGAGCAGAGAGUCUUCUGUAGACAUUCAAAGCCCAACCAUGGAAAGGGCUGUUCUGUAAUAUCAGCAUUCAAGCUUGCUUUGUUUUCUGCACAGCGGUGAUGCUCUGGCUGGGACGGAGGGGAGUGUGCCAUGUUCUGGGGUGCUACAUGCCUGCUUUUAGGGAUCCUGACUUCUAACUCCCUUAGCAAAGGAACCAGCUUCUGCUUUCAAUCCCAGCCCCAGGAUAUUACCCCUCUGGGCUUGUGCAGAGUGUUUCCCCAGGAACUGACUUCUCUUAAAAAAUAAAGCAAGCUUAAGGAGUCCUAGCUGGUCUUAUACAGUUUGUCCUUUUGCAUUUGAAUGUCUGAGGACUUGAUGUUGUUUUUAAUAGUGCUUAUUAUUGCUUUGCCGUUUGUAUGCUUGGAGGGAUUUGGGUCCUGCUCCCCAGGUAGCUGUUAGGGCAGGUCAGCCACUGGACGAGCAGGAUACCUUAUGGGAUGGGCCUUUGGCCUGAUCCAGCUGCAAGGCCAUCUAGCAUUCUUAAGGAAAGUUAGUGAUGCUGCUUACGAGAAGAACAGGAGCACAGGUUCAAAUUCAGAGGUACGACUUGAUCUCCACAGUUUCUUAGUUUGCAGAAAGUCUGUGUCCAGCUUUGCUCUGUUGCCAGCCUUUGCUAAGCAGGGAAGGUGAGGGCAGGCAAGUAUUCUGAGCAUUCUUCAAAACGGAGGAAAGUUGUGUUAGUCCAAAUCAUAAAGCAAGAAUGUAAAACCCAGCCCAUAUAAUAAUAAUAAUCUUAAAAUGGGCUGAGAUCAGCAGGUGAACUCACAAGGUUCUCCCUACUCUGGGUUUUACUUUUGCAGAAUUUGUGCUGUUUCUUUCUCAGAGAAGUUGCACAGAGCGUGUCCUGGAAACAAAUUGCCUACUUCCUUCCAGUUGGUAUCUUAUGGUCCGGUCUGGUCUUGCUUAAAGAGGAUGUUGGGCAAGAUUUGCAAGGCAUUGCUGCUGCAGCUGAGAGCAGAGGCUACCGCCGUCACUCUCCCUGCACCUCCGCUGAGAUGGUUCCUGUGUUAUCCUCUGCAAAUAUCCACAAGAGGGUUGUGGAACAAACUGGGCCAAACGAGACUGUGCAGGAAAUCAGUCAGUUGCUUCCAACACAAUGCAAAGUUGCAAAGAACAGCUGACCCUCAAGAAAGGAAGUGUGUGGUGAGGGAACCAGCAGUCUGAGAGGACAGCCCUGGUGGAGCCUCUUGCGCUUUGACCGGGGCUCAGUUUGGGGGAAGCAAAAUGUCAUGGAUGUGUGAUGAGUGGGAUCCUUAUGCACGCUGAUCUGCUUCAGGUUCUGGGGACGUUGGCACAAACAAGACCGGCCCAAAGUUGGUAGGUGGGAGGUCAGAGGCAAAGAACUGGAGUUUGGGGGGCACCUGGCUGCAUAGAAAAGGGAUUGCGGGCAAGCAGAGCGUCCCUUGUUCAUUCAUCUCCCCCCUUUGUUGUUGUUUAGUCGUGUCCGACUUUUCGUGGCCCCCUGGGCCAGAGCAUGCCACGCACUCCUGUCUUCCACUGCCUCCCGCAGUUUGGUCAAACUCAUGCUGGUAGCUUCGAGAACACUGUCCCACCAUCUCGUCCUCUGUCGUCCCCUUCUCCUUGUGCCUUCCAUCUUUCCCAGCAUCAGGGUCUUUUCCAGGGAGUCUUCUCUUCUCAGGAGGUGGCCAAAGUCUUGGAGCAUCAGCUUCACGAUCUGUCCUUCCAGUGAGCACUCAGGGCUGAUUUCCUUCAGAAUGGAUCGGUCUGAUCUUCUUGCAGUCCACGGGACUCUCAAGAGUCUCCUGCUCCACCAUAGUUUGGCUGCGUGUUCCAUGCCCGCUACACCAGGAAAGUGGGCAGAGAAGCAGGACUUCCUGAGGGAUCAUAAAAUGGGAUCUGAAAUCUGGUGUGUGUGUGUGUGUAGAGGAAAAGAAAGGGAAGCAAUAUGAUUCUAUCUCUCCCCGCCCCCAAACUUUCUUUAUGGAUGAUGAAGUUUUAAUAACUGUCGUCUUAAUUAUUGGGUAUUCAACAUGGUUUUAUUGCAUUUUAGGCUGCUAUCGGUCCUUCGGUGAGGGAGAAUGGGACAGAAAUUGUCAUAAAAAAUAAAUAAGUUAUGCCCACACUCCCCUCCCCUGGAUGAAUGAGUCUGUGCAUAUCAGGCACUUUUUAUAAACAACAAAUGAGGAUGCUCUGCCUAUUUGAUUCCUUUGCCUAUCGCACAGCUCUCCUAAGUGAAGAGGCUCAGUCAGUUACAAGGCGAACCCCUGAUCAAUGGGUGAUUAAUGAGCAUGCAAGGGUUGUGAAUGGGCAGGGUCUGUUUUGCUAGGAACCAGGCGGUUGAUGCCUGUGACCUUUGCUCCUUGUGAGGUCAGGUCCCAACUAGAUCUGUUGAUCCCAUGCAGCCUUGCUGAUAAGAAUUCCCUGGGACGGGCAAUUCACAAGCCCCCUGCCUUCAGACACAGGAAGCAAAGGCUGAUGGGGCAAUUUUAGAAUCUCAUUUCCUAAGGCUUCACAAGAACAUCAGGUCACAAAGGUGGUGGUAGCCUUCCUUCCUUCUGAGUUCCUGGCAUCUGGUGGUAGACUGCCAACAUCUGUGGAGGGUCGCUAUCAUACUCACCGCUGUCCCAGUUAGUGGCUGCCAAGACUGAGUGAGGAAUGUCAAUUGGGGUGCUCCGGUCUUUGAAGAGGCCAUUUCCUUUGGGGAAAUUGCCUCAGGGGGCUUAUCAUGUCCUUGGCAAAUGAGCUGCUCCUCCCCAAAUGUAUACACAGCUCUGAGCUUCAAAGUGGGGAGAGCAGCAGCAGCAGACUUUUGCAAUCUUUUGUAAUGUGACGCCCAGGGCGAGGCCAAAAUUUGGUGCCCUCAAAGGAAUCUUCUCAAUUAUGGAUCUUCUCAGUUUUGUGCCUCCUGGGCUUUGCACCCUGGUGGUGGCAUUGCCCUCGCCACCCUAAACCCGGUGCUGGGGGAGAGGCAUAUCCUUGGUGUCCCAGUGCCAAGGAGAUAAGACUCAUGGAUGGUUGUUGAAGUGUGGGAUUUGGGAAGCAAAAACAUGUGGGCAGGAGCUGGAGAGGAAUAGAGACAUUUCUGAAAGAGUCUUCCCUAAGAGCCCUUGCGCUUCUUCAAGUCCACUUUCAUCUUCAAAAUUUCUUAAGAAAUAAUAAUAAAAUAAUAAUAAUAAUAAUUUAUUUAGACCCCACCCAUCUGGCUGAGUUUCCCCAGCCACUCUGGGCAGCUCCCAAUCGAGUGUUAAAAACAAUACAGCAUUCAAAAUUAAAAACUUCCCUAAACAGGGCUGCCUUCAGAUGUCUUUUAAAGAUAAGAUAGCUGCUUAUUUCCUUCAUAUCUGGUGGGAGGGCAUUCCACAGGGCAGGUGCCACUACCGAGAAGGCCCUCUGUCUGGUUCCCUGUAACCUUGGUUUCACAAUGAGGGAACUGCCAGAAGGCCCUCAGAGCUGGACCUCAGUGUCCGGGCUGAAGGACGGGGGGUGGAGACGCUCCUUCAGAUUCCACAGUUGAAUGCCUUAGGCCAGGCCUGAGGAACCUGUGCCCAGAUGUGAGGGGAUCUAACUCAACCAGAAUGGCCAAUGGCCAGGGGUGGUGGCAGCUGAAGUCCAAGAAUAUCUGGAGAGCCACAACGUGCUUCACCCCUGUGUUAGGCAGAAGCUGAGUUUUCACUCAGACCAGCCAAUCCAAAACACGAAGGCAUACAAAGCAGUAACUUUCUCCUCCCCUGGUUCUUCUAGAAGAGGAAAAGGACCCAGAAUAUUGGAACAUGAAAGCCAAGCAGACCCUGGAAUCCGCACUCAAGCUGACACCCAUGAACCAUCGAGCAAAGAACGUCAUUCUCUUCCUAGGAGACGGUGAGUUUGCACAUGGGUGUACAAGAGUGGGUCUGGGGGCAGAUUUAUAGGUGCACACAACUCUGGGGCGUGGGUGGGUCUCCAAAUCUGUGAAGUGAAAGCUAGUACAGUUAGAGUUUUGGACUAAGACCCACGAGACAAGGGUUCCAAUCCCCGCUCGGCCAUGAAGCUCCCUGAGUGAUCUUUGCCGAAUCACUGCCUCUCCCCUGAGCCUACCUCACAAGGUUGCUGUGAGGAUAAAAGGGGGAGAAGUGUGAAUGCCACAUUGAGCUCCUCAGAGGUGGGAGAGAAAUGUAAUAAUAAGGCCAAAUGCAAACAUUUGAAUUUUGGAUCUUUUCCCAUAUCUACACAUUGCCACCAGAACCAGCCAUGCUAACAUGGGUAGCAGCAGACCACUCUAACCAUCCUGACCCAAUUAAAGCAGACCUAACUAGGAAACGUGCACAUCCUUUUUUUGUCCAUCUUAGGCCAGUCCCACUGCCAUCUCUGGGACUUGCUUUUGAAUAGACCUACCCAGGAUUGCUCUGCAAAUCCCACCCACACAUUCCUUUCUUUAUAACAAAAUUUAAAAAAUUCUUCCAGUAGCCAACUAAGUUUGUUAUUGGUAGGAGCUUUCGUGUGCAUGCACACUUCUUCAGCUACACUUCAAAGUGUUGGUGCUGACCUUUAAAGCCCUAAACGGCCUCGGUCCAGUAGACCUGAAGGAGCGUCUCCACCCCCAUCGUUCAGCCCAGACACUGAGGUCCAGCUCUGAGGGCCUUCUGGCGGUUCCCUUGCUGCGAGAAGUGAGGUUACAGGGAACCAGGCAGAGGGCCUUCUCGGUAGUGGCACCUGCCCUGGGAACACCCUCCUACCAGAUAUCAAAGAGAAAAAUAACUACCAAACUUUUAGAAGACAUCUGAAGGCAGCCCUGUUUAGGGAAGCUUUUAAUGUUUAAUAGGUUAUUGUAUUUUAGUGUUUUGUUGGAAGCCGCUCAGAGUGGCUGGGGAAACCUAGCCAGAUGGGUGGAGUAUAAAUAAUAAAUUAUUAUUAUUAUUAUUAUUAUUAUUAUUAUUAUUACACUUCUUCAGAUACACAUAUUCUUCAGGUAUGAGCUUUCGUGUGCAUGCACAGUUCUGUGUAUCUGAAGAAGUGUGCAUGCAUAUGAAAGCUCAUACCAAUAACAAACUUAGUUGGUCUCUAAGGUGCCACUGGAAGGAAUUUAUUUUAUUUUGUUUUGUUUCAACUAUGGCAGGCCAACACAGCUACCUACCUGUAACUGUUCCUUUCUUUGAUCGCAAGGUGCAGAGAAGGUUCUGGCCCUUUCGUUGUGUAGAAGGAAGCAUUUCAAAAGGUGCAACUUUGCGGGACAAGUUACAACAGCUGCUAAAAAUUCCCCCUUUCACACAACUGUUAAGUUUCCAGGAGCCACAUUCUAGUUUGCAUCUGCCUACCAGAAACCCUCCAACAUUUCUCUGAUGAAAAUAGGGAUGUCCUAUUCCAUUAAUAAUAAUUUUACUAUUUAUACCCCGUCCAUCUGACUAGGUUGCUCCAGCCUCUGGGCAGCUUCCAACAUAUAUAAAAACAUAACAGAACAUUAAAAAUUAAAAAAAAAAACCCCUUCCCUAAACAGGACUGCCUUCAGAUGGUUUGGGGGUCAAAUAUCCUCCAAUAUUUAUCCGAUGACAAUAGGGAAAAGCAGGAUGCUCUAGGAUCAAACCAGAAACCAGGGCAGCUUCUGUAAAUCUGGGACUGUCCCUGGAAAAUAGGACACUUGGAGGGUCUGCUGCCACCCCAAUUUCUCUCUCUCUCUCUCUCUCUCUCUCUCUCUCUCUCUCUCACACACACACACACACACACACACACACACAAUUCUACUGUAUAUUCUUCAAAGUUGUUUAUCUGUUUGCUGUGCCCCUGGACACUUCUUUAGCUGUUGUAACCAAACUAUGUGCAAUGCUCCCUGAGUUCAAGGAGCAAGUUUCCAUCUCUGUUUGGACACAAUUGGACCCCGCUUGAGUCAAAAAGGCGCACCGAACCUUUUGCUCAGCAUUUGCCUUUGCAUGCAGAAGAUGCCCAGGUGGCAUCUCCAGGUGGAGUUCGGAGAGACUCCCUGCCCGAAAUCUUGGAGAGCUGCUGCCAGCCAGUGCAGACAACACUGAGCUAGAUGGAGCAAAGGUCUGACUUGGUAUAAGCAGCCUCUUGUGUCCCUGUGAUCAAGACCCUGGCCCAGUGCUUGAGUUCCAAAGGGAGCAUUUCCCUGGUCUCUGCUUCCUCUGGCUCAGCACCGCCAGCGAAGGUCCGCCUGGCAGGGGUCCAGCCCUCUCUUCCUCCUCUCUAAGGUGAGGCCCAGCCUCCCUCCUGCCACUCUCCAGCUCCCCUUCAUGAAACUGAUUUACACCCUUUGGCCGCUGCCUCUGGCGCCGUCAGAGAGCCGUCUCCGCAUAACUCAACCCAGAGUUUGCGCAAAGUGGAUUUUGGCAGGCGGAGGAGCAGCCGCAGACCUUGCCAAGACCCACUCAUCAUCAUCCCUCGCAGGUGGGAGGCUCUCUGGGUCACUGCAGGCCAUUGACUGCCAGGUCGUUCUGCCCUCUGGCAGCUUAUCUUAGGGGCUGGUGGCAGGAUGGGGGAGACUCCUGGAUCGGAGGAGGGAGGCGAGGAGAGCCAAGCGCUGCGGAGACCUAAAGCUCCCAGUGGCCCAAGCGCUUCCGUGCAGAAGCAAAAGGCUGUGCAGUGGGCACUGUUUCCUGCACAUUUCUUGUAGGGAAGCAUAUAAUCCCCAACUUCUUCUGCAUGCCUCCAGGUUAUCUGAGGCCAUCACAGGAGCAUCCCAAGAGGACACUGGCCCCUCCAGAACCUCUUUUCCAAGGACAGUCCUGGAUUUACAGAAGCCGUCUUGGUUUCUCUUUUGAUCCCGGAAUGUCCCGCUUUCCCUUAGGACGUCCCUUUUCUUAUCGGAGUUAUGCAACCCCUGAGCCAAGGAGAUAAGUAACUAUGCAACCUUUAGAAGACAUAUGAAGGCAGCCCUGUUUAGGGAAGCUUUUUAACGUGUAAUGUUUUAUAAGGUUAGAAGUCACCCAGAGUGGCUGGGGCAACACAGUCAGAUGGGGGGGGGAUAAAUACUAUUCUUAUUAUUAUACAGGACAUCCCUAUUUUCAUCAGAGAGAUGGUGAAGGGUAUUCCCCUCUACCCACGUGGGGGUUGGUGGGUGGAGAAUGAGACAUUUAUUGAGCUGGUUGUUUUUUUUAAAAAAAGUACAGAUUUCAAUGUCCAGUGGUUUGACAAAACUCUCAGCGACAAAAAGACACGUAGUGGAUUUUCUUCAAUUAAAUGCAGCAGCUGUGAUGUUUUAAGACAGUUUUUGCUUGCUGGAAAACCACAAAAGUGGAAUCCACGGCCCUAUAAGUUGCACGGGCUUAUUAUAGAGGUGUUUCCUUGUCUUAGCUCCACGUACAGUAGAAAUUAAUCCCUGCAAUAAGGAAAGGUAGCUAAGCAGCAGUGUUAUCAGAAGAGCAAAAGUAAUAUCACUGACAUGGGCUUUGAGGCGGAGUGAGGCCCUAGAGUCAUCUGUCAGUGUCAGCAAAUUCCUACACACGUCUUGCCAGACAUCUUGACUCUUACGACAUCCUUGCAGCCAGGAGUCUCUUCACACUUACGUUUAAUGCCCUGUGAGCUAUCUUUCAAUGUAUUCAAUCUGUAGGUUUAUAUGUCACAGCUGCCGAUGGUGACCCUUAGUAUUUCACAAAGUGCUUCAAGGAUUUCACAUGUAUUCUUGUAACCCUUAACACCAGCCCUGUAAUGUGGGCCAGGAUUAUCCCAUUGACCCCCACAUUUCUGCACUUGAUGGUGUCUUGCCUAAAGUCACCUAGCGGGUUCAUAUCACAGGUGAGAUCUGGAAAAGGAAACUGCUGAUCCUUAGCUCAGCCUCUUAGUGGCGAUGCUUUUAUUUAAAAAUAAAUAAGAAACUGAGUCUGGCUCUCAAUCCAUUUACCCUUGCAUUUAACACAAUGCCUGGUUCUGCUAAAACCGAUUCAUUUUCAUGCUUGGCACUCACUGCUACAAACCACAUCAAAGUCACAAAAAUCAUAGAACUGUAGAGUUGGAAGGGACCCGAGGGUCAUCUAGUCCAACCCUCCUACAAUGCAGGAAUCUCAGCUAAAUAAUGGACCAGCUAAGCAAGACCAUGGUCUUGCUUAAUGCAAUAGUGUUUAUUGUAUUUUAGCAUUCUGUUGGAAGCCGCCCAGAGUGGCUGGGGAUACCCAGCCAGAUGGGCGGGGUAUAAAUAAUGAAUUAUUAUUAUUAUUAUUAUUAUUAUUAUUAUUAUUUAUACCAUCAGGGCUGCAAGCUUUAAUUAGUAGAUUAAUCAACUUAAGUUGCUGUUGAUUAACUCGUGGAGGCUAGUGUCAUUAAUGUGGGUCAUUAAUGUGCUUCUUUCGCUUCAGAGUUAUUUAACACUUGUGUGUGCUUCUGUAACAGGGGGGAAUAUGAAAUAUGUCCCUUUCUUUCUGGCAAGGGCAAAGGCCACAUUCGCUCCAUACAUUUAAAGCACCGUAGUACCAUUUCUGCGCCCUUAGCAAACUAUAGCUCCCAGGAUCCUUUGGGAGAAACCACGACUGCUUAAACGGGUACCAAAAUAGUAGGAAGUAGGCCCUGUGGAAGAAUGUGCCUCCUUUUGAUCUCUCCAAAGGCAGGCGAUGAACCUGCUCCACCCGUUUGUUUAGCCCCUUGACAACUCUUCUAAUGACCCUCCUUCUGCCCUUUCAGGCAUGGGGGUGCCCACCAUCACAGCCGCCCGAAUCUACAAGGGCCAGCUGGCCGGAGGCUCCGGGGAAGAGAGCGUGCUGGCAAUGGAGAGAUUCCCCUACGUCGCCUUGUCCAAGGUGGGAGCCUGUGCCAAGGAAGAGAAUGCCGCUGCACGCUGCUGUGUUCGCCCUCAGCCAGUUCAGGGAUGGGAAGUUCCCAAGGAGGGCCCAGCCUGCCUAUUUUCCAAGGCCUCCCUCCCAUCAAGCCUUUACCUGGGAUUUUCUCCCAGGUAAGUGUGCCUAGGAAUUGCAGCCUUAGCUCACAGAAUCAUAGGGCUGCCGAGUUGGAAGGGGCCCCAUGUGCCAUCUAGUCCAGCCCUCUGCAAUGCAGGAAUGACAGCUAAAGCAUCCCUGACAGAUGGCCACCCCACCUCUGCUUAAGAACCUCCAAGGAAGGAGAGUCCACCUCCUUCCAAGGUCACACCUGGAGUGUGGCCACACCCUGACCACACCUGCAGUCCUGUGUCCAGUUCUGGGCUCCACAAUUUAAAGAGGAUGUUGACAAGCUGGAAGGUGUGCAGAGGAGGGUGACCAAGAUGGUCAGGAAACCAAGCCUGAUGAGGAACGGUUGAAGCAGCUGGGUAUGUUUAGCCUGGAAAAGAGCAGACUGGGAGGAGAUAUGAUAGUCAUCUUCAAAUAUCUAAAGAGCUGUCACAUGAAAGAGGGAAGGAGCUUGUUUUCUCCUGCUCCAAAGGGUAGGACUCGAAUCCAUGGCUUUAUGCUAUAAGAGAGGAGAUUCCGCCUAAACAUCAGGAAGAACAUUCUGACAGUAAUAACUGUUAAACAUUGGAAGAGACUCCCACAAGAGCUUUUUCCUUCCUUGGCACUUUUAAAGCAGAGGUUGGAUGGGCAUCUGUCAUGUCUAAUCUGGUUGAGAUUCCUGCAUUGCAGGGGGUGGGACUAGAUGACCCUCGAGGUCCCUUCCAACUCUGAUUCUAUGAUCCAAUGAACAGUCAUGGAGCAUCCUGGGAAUUGUAGUUUGUUAAAGAUGCUGGCCUAAUUGAGCUGCCAUUCCCAGCAUCCUUAACAAAGAAAUAUCCUCCCAGACAGCUGCUAAGCAUCCCUUUCCUGUAACAUUUCUCAGGAUGAGCCCCUUGCUACACGGCCGCCUGCCAGUCUUCUGCCAGGCCUCCCUGAAUCGCAGCAUCUCUCCAUUUCUAUCUGCAGACGUACAAUGUGGACCGGCAGGUGCCUGACAGCGCUGGAACCGCCACUGCCUACCUGUGCGGGGUGAAGGCCAAUGCUAAAACCCUGGGCCUGAGUGCUCGUGCCACCUUGGGCCAAUGCAACACCACCUUUGGCAACGAAGUCCACUCCGUGCUGCAUCGGGCAACAUUGUCAGGUAGGAGCUGAGGGAAAGAGGGAGACAUUGUGGGUCGGAUGGGAGGGCACUGACAAAGAUCAGCCUUCCUCCAGGGCUGGAAGCUCCUUCUCCAUGUAGUUGUUGUUAUUAUUAUUGCUAUUAUUAUUAUUAUUAUUACCUGCCCAUCUGGGGUAAAAUAAAAGCCACUCUGUGCGGCUCCCAACAGAAUAUUCGAAACACCAUAAAACAUGGGGGAGAGAAAUUUGAUUUGAUUUCCCAAAUACAGGAACCGAAAAGCAACUGCCCGCUAAAAUCUGCAUUUCUCUGAAUUUUGCAAUGUAGCUCUUCACGUAAAAAAGCGUGUAUAUUAUUGGAAAGCAGGCAUAAACUCCUCCCCGCUGGAGUGCUGGUCCAACCCGCUGCUUAUUUAGCUUUCCCAUUUCCACGCCUUUCCCAAUGACCCUCCUAUGAAGGAGACAGAUGACAAGAGUCUCUUUUAAAGGCAUGUUGGGUCACACGGCAGGACUACUCCCUGCCGCUUUAAACCCCUCAAAGGUUAUCUCUCCUCGGUGUCUGACUGUCAGGAGUGUGUGCAGGAGCCAGGCCCUGUGACCAGUAGGACUUUGCAGGACUGGGGCCCUCCUAAGUUUGUUCUGGAGAGGCAAGGCGCGGCCACACAGGUGAGGCCGAUUGGUAACUCACAGCACCUGGUGGCAAGAGCCGGGAAGGGAUAUAAGGUCAGCAUUUCCCUUCGGCUCUUUGUCACAGCAACACGUUUCCUGCCUUGCUGCGUUUGGCUCCUUGACCCCUUGCUUCCUGACCCUUGGACCCUUGGCUUAUUGACUCCCGGCUCUCUGACCCUCAGACUCUUGGCUUCCUGACUCCUGACUCCUGGACUCCCGUUCCUGCUCCCACCCCACCAUCUUGCCCCGGUCCCAACGUCCCCAGCCGGGCCUUCGAUCACCCGUGAACCGGAUCAUGACACUGACCCAAUGCAUGCUGGCAUGCCAAUGGAUACAUCGCUCUUUCCAAAAUGGCAGUUUAGAAGUGUAAAAUUGUAGAGUUGGAAGGGACCCGUAGAGUCAUCUAGUCCAACCCCCUGCAAUGCAGGAAUCUCAGCUACAGCAUCCAUGAGAGAUGGCCAUCUGACCUCUGCUGAACAACCUCCAAGGAAGGACAGUCCACCACCUCCCGAGGGAGACGGCUCUGCUGUUGAGGUGGGGUGAAGCACAAGAGACGGCGCCCCAACCGGCAGCAGUGGGAAUGGUGGGGAGAGUGGAGGGGGAGCCCCAUUCCUAUCCCCCUCUUUCCAAGCCUGCCUCCCACAUGCCCUCUCCUCCUCACAGGGAAGUCUGUGGGGAUCGUGACCACCACCCGUGUGCAGCAUGCCUCUCCGGCUGCCGCCUAUGCCCACUCGGCCAGCCGCGAGUGGUACGGCGACGUCAACAUGUCGAAGGAGGCCGCCAGCCAAGGCUGCAAGGACAUCGCCUACCAGCUGGUGCACAACACAGACAUCAACGUGAGUGGCUGCACAAGGCAGGGCGGGGAGACCCAUUCAGGGGCCUGGCCGGAGCAAUGAUAGAAUCAUAGAAUUGUAGAGCUGGAAGGGACCCUAAGGGUUCAUGUCAUAAUAAUAAUAAUAAUAAUAAUUAAUAAUAAUAAAAUAAAAAUAAAAAAAUUAAAAUACUCGGAGUCGAGAGUGGAUUUCAUGCUCUUUAUUCAGCUCAUAGUGGUGAGGAGGAAUGGAAGUUCCCCCAAAACAUCUGCUUUAUAUACAUUAUUUACACAAUGGGCCCCAUGUGAUUGGCUAAUUCCGGGAUUCUCCUGUAGGCCAAUCAGGUUGUGGAUUCAGGAGCUGGAUUGGGUGGCUCCUGUGGACCAAUCAGACUGCUGCAUUCUGGAUCCUAUUGUUCUAGGACCAAUCAGACUGCUGCAUUCUGAAUCCUAUCGUUCUAGGACCAAUCAGACUGCUGCAUUUUGGAUCCUAUUCACAACUCGGUACAUAACAAAUAAUAAUUUAUUAUUUGUACCCCGCCCACCUGGCUGGGUUUCCCCAGUCACUCUGGGUGGCUUCCAACAAAGAUUUAAAAUACAUCAAAAUGUCACACAUUAAAAACUUCCCUGAACAGGGCUGCCUUCUCAAUGUCAGGUAGUUGUUUAUCUCUUUGACAUCUGAUGGGAGGGCGUUCCACAGGGCGGGCGCCACUACCGAGAAGGCCCUUCUCCAACCCCCUGCAAUGCGGGAUGAAAAUUCUGAAGAAAAAUAACUCUGUGACUAUGAACUGCACUAGAGGUAUGAGAUGGUCAGAACCCUCCGAAGCAUGGGAAGUCCCAUUAAAAAAUUUAUAAUUUGGCAGAUUAUUUGGAUUAUUUGAUAUGUAUAUGUAUAAUUUGGAAUAUUUAAUGUGAUUUGAUUGGAUUGUUAUAAUGGAAAAUUUUAAAAAAAUGAAUUUUAAAAAAAGAAAAAUAACUGGCGAGGUGGCGAUGCUCUCUGAACAGUGACGGUGCCUUAUUCACAUUGGCAGGUGAUUCUCGGAGGAGGGCGGAAAUUCAUGAUGCCUAGGAACAUGAGCGACCCAGAGCAUCCGAAACAGAAUGGGACCAGGAAGGAUGGCCUGAACCUCAUUGAAAUGUGGUUGAGCAACAGGAUGGUAAUGGGAAUUGGGGAAGGGCUGGGAGUCCAGCGGGAUGGAGUGGGGGGCAGGGGCCAGGGGGAGAAAACCCUGGUUGUGGCUUAGAGAAAACAUUCACUCCUCCUCUGCUCAAACUCUUUCCAUUUCAAGCCUGUAACCAAGAACUGCUGCCUGCUUUCUUCUUCCUCCCUCCCAACCUCGUUUUCCUUUUGUGCUGUUCUUUUUAGAUUUUAAGCCUGAAGGCAGAAUCUGUCUUAUUGCUGAUCUUUGUAAGCCACUCUGGGAGCCUUUGUUGGGCUGAAGAAUAGGGCAAACAUGCUUUAAAUGGUAAUCAUCACAACAAUGGAAAAAUAUCCACUUAUUGUACCUGUAUAAUGCAGCCUCCCCUGCCCUCUAGAUCUUCUGGACUGCAGCUCGUAUCAGUGGGAGUUGUAGUUCAAGACAUCAAGAGGGCACCUGGUGCAGGAAGGCUGGUGUAAUGAAUAUGCUGUUGAUUUAUGGCGUUUAUGAACCCCAUAUUUGUUUCUAGGGAGCUCAGUAUGUCUGGAAUAAAACAGGCCUGGCCUCCGUCAAUGAAAACACUACCAACCAUCUUAUGGGUAAGAGUACUAUGGGGGUUUCCUGUUUCUCUCCUACUGGUCAGAGGAAGGGGGCAAACAUUUCCUGAUUCCUGGCACCCCGCAAGGGAAUGUGAACUGUGCAGGGAGAGAUUGUGUUUGGAUACAGAUAAACAGCAGACAAGAUGAGCCACGAAGUUGGAAUCUAGACACAUAUAGAAAAACACUGCGAAAAUGCUUUUUUAAAAAAACGUUUUGAAAAAUAUAUUGAAGUUGCCAUUAGCUCACCAUUGCCAUCUAGUGUCACAUUUGUAUAAUGCACAUGAAACACACUUAAAACCUUAUAUUUGCAGCUGCAUAGCUGAGUCCUAAUUGAGUGUACUCUGCCUUUAUUCAGCACAUGGCUGUCAACUUUUCCCUUUUCUUGCGAGGAAUCCUGUUAGGAAUAAGGGAAUUUCCCUUUAAAAAUGGGAAAUGUUGACAGCUAUGAUUCAGCAUUUUAUGCCCCAUUGCCCCUUAGGAACAUUACUUUUCAAAUGUUUUUAAUAUUUGAUGUUUUAUUAUGUUUUUAUAUGUGCUGGAAGCCGCUCAGAGUGGCUGGGGAAUCUCAGCCAGAUGGGCAGAGUAUACAGUCGUACCUUGUUUUGCGACCGGGAUCCAUUCCGGAGUCCUGGUGGCUAGCCGAAAUGGACGCAGGGCAAAGUGCCGCACCUGCGCAAGCGCGCAGAGUGUUUUGCGCUUUUGCGCAUGCACAAAGCAUGAUUUAGUGCUUCUGCGCAUGCGUGAGCGGCAAACCCGGAAGUAACUCGUUCCGGUACUUCCGGGUUUGCCAUGGACGUUCGCCAGAAUGGACACUAGACAAGGCGGAUGUUCAUAGAGGUAUUACUGUAAAUGAUAACAUUAUUAUUAUUAUUAUUAUCAUUAUUAUUACUUUAGGGUUUCACACCCCCAAAGUUAUUUGUAGGAAGGAAAAGGUGAGUCAUAGGAGAAAUGAUAGAUAAAACUUUGCAUGGUAUGGAGAAAGUGAGGGGGGGGAGCUUUUAUCCCUUUCCCAUAAUAUGGGGACUCUUGGACAAUGAAGCUGAAUGUUGGAAUUAACAACAACAACAACAACAACAACAACAACAACAACAACUUGUAUCCCGCCCAUCUGACUGUGUUGCUCCAGCCACUCUGAGCAGCUUCCAGCACAUAUAAAAACAUAACCAAACAUUAAACAUUAAAAACUUCCCUAUACAGGGCUGCCUUCUGUAUAGUUCUUUAUCUCCUUAACAUCUGAUAGGAGGGCAUUCUACAAGGCGGGCACCACCACCGAGAAGGCCUGGUUCCAUGUAACCUCACCUCUCGCAGUGAGUGAAUCGCCAGAAGGCCCUCGGAGCUGGACCUCAGUCCACAACCCAUAGGGCUUGUCCACACUCCCACUUGUCCUGUGCUGAGAGCACUAAAUCAAAACAAACACCAAUCUGGAGAAAACCCAAUUGGCAUUUGCUACGAUUCGGUGGUAAACAGCAGGUUUCCCUGGGGGGAAAUGGUGGGACAAGCCGAAUCUUGAUUGAGCCCAUAGUUGAACUAUGGAACUCCCUGCCACAAGAUGCGGUGAUGGCCGCUAACUCAGAUGGUUUCAAAAGCGGAUUAGUCAGAUUCAUGCAGGGUAAGGCUAUCAGUGGCUACUAGCCACAAGGGAAAUGUCCAAGCCCACUGUUGGAGGCAGAAUCUGCCUAAAUGUCAGUAGCUGGGAAUCGCAAGGGUGGAGAGAACUGCUGUUUGUGCUCAGGUCCUGCCUGCAGGCUUCCCAAAGGUGUCCUUUCAUUAAUUUCCCACUCAAUCAACAUUAAACUGAAAUUUCCUCAAGGCAGGGAAUCAUCUCCCUCUCUCUCUCUGCACUUGUUACUCUGCCUAAUAAAUUUCUCUCUGCAGCCGCCUUCCCCAUUAACGCCCACUCUCAAAAAAGAACAAAAAACCGCAGAGCAAUUUUUCCAACCUAAUUCAUGGGCAGUAGUAGCCAGGGGUGAGGAGAAGCCAUGGACCAUAUCAAAGGGGCUGCCCCAUCCCUAAUGUAAAAUAAUAUCAAUAGUAAUAAUAAUAGUAGUAAUAGUAAUAGUAGUAGUAGUAGUAAUAAUAAUAAUAAUAAUAAUUUGCAUUUAUUUUAAAUUUAUUAAAUGUGCAUACUGCUCUCCAUCUGAAAGUCCCAGGGUGAAGGAGCCCAGGAAAGGAGUGCCAGCUUUGUCCCACGACUGUGGGUGCCCAGGGCUGUGGGUGCCAUGCAGAGUGCAUGGCCCCGAAAUUUGUGGGUCCUCGGCCCUUUCAUGGGGAAUUUUGUGGGUGCUCAGGCAAUCAGGGCCCCAGGGAGUUGGCACCUAUGGCCCAGGGUGACAAAUGCACCAUAUAUAUAUAUAUAUUCUUAAAACGGUGAGCAACAAUCACCUUCUCACAGCCCAUGUUUGAAGGGUUUCCAGGAACAUUGUCUUUCUCCCAUCAAAAUGCCUGGGUAAACAGGAAUGUUUUCAGAUUCCUCCCAAAAGUUGAUCAUGAGAGGGACAGGUGCUCUUCACCCAGGGAAGGAAUUGCACAAACGGGGAGCCACCACCGAAAAGGCCCCGCAGGGAUCAAAUGCCAACUGGGCCCACGCCCCAAUCUGAAUAGCCAGUGAUAAUGAAAAUGUAAUCUUCCCUCGUCUCUGUCAGGCUCCUGCCACAGCGACACUCACUUUCUCUGAUCCAAUCCGCUAGGUCUCUUUGAGCCGCACGACAUGGCGUAUGAGCUGGAUCGCGACAAUAACACGGACCCCUCCAUUGUGGAGAUGACAGAGAAGGCCAUACGGAUCCUGCGCAGGAACCCCAACGGCUUCUUCCUCUUUGUGGAAGAUGAGUAUCCUCGUUCUCCGCUUCUCUCAUCUUGAAAGGGGCAGCAGAGAACCCCGGGGAUGAUAUGGCGACCACUGUGCUCUGUGAGGGAACCUGCACUGGCUCCCAUCUGAACCGAGGAGGGACUGGCAGGCCUCAUGUUGGCUAGCGCAGCGAACCUGCGCAACUCUGGCUUGCAGCUUGAGGCUGACGUGACUGGGUGGUCCUCCGAAGAAACAAAAUGGUUCCCUCCGCCUAGAAAAUGAGCACUUCAAGCAGGUUACGCUAGAGACAGGAGCUGCCAAUCUGUGGGCACUUUCUUUGAAUUUUGAGAGAGUGCUAGGGCAGGCAGUCACAAAAUGGCUGCCAUGGAGGGCCUGUGGCAUAGUAUAAAGUGGCAGCUGUGAGGCAGGGCAGAACACAAGAUAGCCGCCAUGCAGAGCAGGUGCCAUAGCACAAGAUGCCCGCCAUACAGAGCAGGUGGCAUAGCACAAGAUGGCCACCAUUCAGAACAAGUGGCAUUGCACAAGAUGGCCGCCAUACAGAGCAGGUGGCAUAGCACAAGAUGGCCGCCAUACAGAACAAGUGGCAUUGCACAAGAUGGCCGCCAUACAGAACAAGUGGCAUAGCACAAGAUGGCCGCCAUACAGAACAAGUGGCAUUGCACAAGAUGGCCGCCAUACAGAACAAGUGGCAUAGCACAAGAUGGCCGCCAUACAGAGCAGGUGGCAUAGCACAAGAUGGCCGCCAUACAGAACAAGUGGCAUAGCACAAGAUGGCUGCCAUACAGAACAGGUGGCAUAGCACAAGAUGGCCGCCAUACACAGCAGGUGGCAUAGCACAAGAUGGCCGCCAUAUAGAGCAUGUGUCAGAACACAAGAUGGCAGCCAAACAGAACAGAACAUGUGGCAGAACACAAAACUAGAGAGACAACCAGCCUGGCCACCUUAUGCUUACUAUGGGAUGUCAGAUAUUUCCUGCUGGUCCUGACAUACAGAGUUCACACCCUGCUGCUCCUGCUCCUAAUAGCAACAGGGAACAUUGUUUGGUACCAGGAAAAAUAUACCACAUCGUUCUCAUUCCACUUCAUAGGUUACCUGCACAUUUUACCUCAUAACUUUCUUUCUGGGAGAGCUAGAGGCUCACUUUUUGAAAAUGAACGCUCAGAGACCGGGUCACCUGCUCUGGGUGGGGCAGCACUGGAAGCCUUGACGGGUGCCAGGCUGCCCAUGAGCGCUGGCUUGGCGACACCUGCGCUAGAACCUUUCUCCCUGACACCCUACUUUUCAUGUUUGGGGGAAUGUUCGGUCAUGAGCUUGAAACAGUGUGGUUGGUGUCUCUUGCGGGGAGAAAAAGGUCUUGAUAUGUUGCCCUUUUCUCCUUUACGAGGCAGGAUUGACCACGGGCAUCACAAGGGCAGAGCCAAGCUGGCCCUGAGUGAGACUGUGAUGAUGGACCGGGCCGUGGAGAGAGCCGUGGAGCUGACCGACGCCUCAGAGACUCUCAUGGUGGUCACAGCUGACCACUCGCACGUCUUCACCUUAGGCGGCAACACACCACGGGGCAACAACAUCUUUGGUAAGAAUAAGCUUCUAGGCCCUUUGAAGAGCGAGAUUUUGCUCCCUUUCCCAGAGGCAAGGGGCAAUGCAGAGAAGCUUUCCCACCUCUUCUGGAAGUCUUAGUCUCAAAAUACUCUGAGCCAGCAGGCUGAGAAGUCAUAGAAUUCAUAGAAUUCAACGGAUUGAGGCUGAAUCCUGACAAGACAGAAGUAUUGUUCUUGGGCGACAGGGGGCGGGCUGGUGUGUGAUCCUGAAUGGGGUAACUGUGCCCCUGAAGGAUCAGGUGCGCAGCCUGGGAGUCAUUUUGGACUCACAGCUGUCCAUGGAGGCGCAGGUCAAUUCUGUGUCCAGGGCAGCUGUCUACCAGCUCCAUCUGGUACGCAGGAUGAGACCCUCCCUGCCCGCAGACUGUCUGGCCAGAGUGGUGCAUGCUCUGGUUAUCUCCUGCUUGGACUACUGUAAUGCGCUCUAAGUGGGGCUACCUUUGAAGGUGACUCAGAAACUGCAAUUAAUCCAGAAUGCGGCAGCUAGACUGGUGACUGGGAGCAGCCACCGUGACCGUAUAACACCGGUCCUGAAAGACCUACAUUGGCUCCCAGUACAUUUCUGAGCACAAUUCAAAGUGUUGGUGCUGACCUUUAAAGCCCCUUAACAGCCUCGGUCCUGUAUACCUGAAGGAGCAUCUCCACCUGCAUUGUUCUGCCUGGACGCUGAGGUCCAGCUCUGAGGACCUUCUGGCGGUUCCCUCACUGCGAGAAGUGAGGUUACAGGGAACCAGGCAGAGGGCCUUCUCGGUAGUGGCACCCGCGCUGUGGAAUGCCCUCUUAGCAGAUGUCAAGGCAAUAAACAACUAUUUUACUUUUAAAAGACAAAUGAAGGUGGCCCUGUUUAGGGAAGUUUUUAAUGUUUGAUGUUUUAUUGUAUUUUUAAUAUUCGGUUGGAAGCCGCCCAGAGUGGCUCGGGAAACCUAGCCAGAUGGGCGGGGUAUAAAUAAUAAAUUAUUAUUAUUAUAGAACCGUAGAACUGUAGAGUUGGAAGGUACCCCAGGGUCAUUUAGUCCAACCCCCUGCAAUGCAAGAAUUCUUGUGGGUGCGAACCGCGCUAGGAAUCACAUCGCUUCUGAGAAACAGAACUGCCCUUUUUAAAACUUGAAAGCAUAUGGUUUCCCAGAAGGGGGAAAAAUCCCAAAAGGGCCCAGUUUCUGUUAAACCUUUUCAGCUAAUGACUUGUGUAAGGGAUUGAAUUUUAGCACACAGAUAAGAACGUAAGGAAGGAGGCGAAAGGCCCCUCUAGCACAAUUCCCAGCGUAGUUUGAGAAUCAUAGAAGUGUAGGGGUCCCCAACGGUCAUCUAGUCCAACCCCCUGCAAUGCAGGAAUAUCAACUAAAGUUUCCAUGACAGAUGGCCAUCCAACCUCCGAGAAAGGAGAGUCCACCACCUGCUAUGGCAGUCUGUUCCAUAGUUAAAUGGCUUUUAGCGUUGUUAAAUUCUUCCUGGUGUUUAAUCAGAAUCUCCCUUCUCUAGAGCAGGAGAAAGCAAUAAACCCCUCCUCACAGGGAAGUUGGGAAAUUGUAGCUCUAUGAGGGGGAGUAGGGCUAUCCUAACAACUCUUAGCACCCUUAAUGAACUACACAUCCCAGAAUUCCAUGGGGGAAGCCACCAUGGCUGUUUAAUGUGGUUUCACUUCAUUUUAUAUAUAUGUUAUAAAUUUGGCCUCUCCUGUCCUCAGUUCUGGAAGCCUCUCCCUCUGAGGGAGGAGAGUUGACUAAGAUUAGCCAGACCAGGACAUCUGCAUUCUUUUUUGGGGGGGAAAACAACAGUGAGGGACAAACAGAUAAAUCAGGUCUUUUGGAUUACAACUCCCGUUAACCCCAGCAUCAUAUAGCUGUUGGUACCGUAAUUGUAGUUCAAAACAUCUGGAGGGCACCUGGUUUGGGGCAGGGGCUGAAAUAAAUGCGCCUGAGACCCUACUAACAUUGAUUCCAUUUUACUUUAAGUGUGUCUGACUCUGGUCAGGUCAGAGCCAGCACUGAGCAUCGUCUGUGUUUCUCCACAGGCCUGGCACCCAAGCAAGCGAAAGACAAGCGGGCAUUCACCAGUAUCCUCUAUGGGAACGGACCUGGGUACAAGCUCAGGAAUGGCAGCCGCCCAGAUGUCAGCUCCGAUGCUAUCGGUAUGCAGAGCUUUUGGAUGAGGAGCUCAGCAGAACCACCUCCACUUAUGGACUGAGGGGCUGCAAAAAGAGGGGGCGGCCUAGGAAGGGGGGUGCCGAAGAAAGCAGGGGUGUGCAAGGCGGGUGUGCAAGGAUAGGAAGGGCGGUAGUGUCAUAGCAGGGCAGAAGCUGAAAAAGGUUCGUAGAAGUUAAGACGUGUGGGACAGGGAAGAUGCAUCUGGUUAACAUUGGGGUGGUCUGUGUGCGAAGGGGUUGCGACAAAGGAGGAGGGAGAAGUGAAAACAGGUGCAGAAUAGGAGAAGCUGGGACUCUUUCUCGAUUGGGAAGACAAGAAAAGGGUUUGGUAGCAAGUUGAAAAUGCAGGUGAGAGCAGAUUCCACCUGCCAGUAUUACACAGAGAAAACAUGGAUCCCACUGCUGACACCAGUGUUACAGAGGUUGCACGCCACCCCCAAUCUCUGCUGAGCAGUGCACAAUAUUCCAGGGGAUUCCAGGUGUCUACCUGUAGUCGUGUUUCCAUUGGGAAUUCAGGCAUGUCAGAGACUGUAGUGUUUUAAGAUAUAUGGUUUAUUUUACACCUAUCUACACCUGGAGGGUGUGGAACAUUAUACCACAAGAAUGUCUCUCAUUCCCCCUCUCAUAGCUUCAGCAAGCUUGGGUCCAAAGCAGCAGUCAGUCAUGGCUCCCGGUCUCUCGGUUCAGACUCUUCCACCCAUGAAGUUCUGCUCACGUCCUUUUUUUGUUCCCAGAAACUCCUUUAGAUUUCAUAAAGGACACAUUUUCCUGUGACAGAACCAGGGGGGAAGGACAGUUCAUUAUGCCUCAGUACCUGGCUCGCCGUUGUUCCUUAAUGGCUCUGCACUUAGCUAGCCCGGUCAGGCUGGUUUGCAGAAGCUAGUCCAGGGUAUCCCAAACUUGGGUCUCCAGUUGUUUUGGGACUACAACUCCCAUCAUCCCUAGCUAGCAGGACCACUGUUACGGUAUAUCAGUAUUUGCCAGCAUCAUUUCUUGCAUUGGCUGAGUGUGGAUUCAAACAUGGAUCAUUCUAUCGUACCUUCCCUCACAUCCUGGGCCUAGGAGCCCUUCCCUCUGAGGACUGACCCACAGCCUGAGGUUCUGCAAGCAACCAUCCCUGCCCCACAGUGCUUUGCCCAGUCGCAGAUUGUUCUCCUAGUUCCUUUGUCCUAGAGCAGCCAUUAAUGCUUACUGUUUUGAAUUCCAUUUGCGCUGUUAUUUUCCUUGGCGGGUCAUGCAAAGAGUGCUUUUUAUAGGGUAGAGGGCACUGGAGAUGAGUUUUUGCAACCCAGGGGCUGGUGGCCCACAGAAAUUUGGGAGCCGCUACAGUGGUGUAGAAUGGGGGUGCUGGAGGGCCGUUGCCUCAUGUGCAUUUUCCCAGGGGGUGCAUCCAGGCACCCCCACUAUAGCUCCCUCAUCGAGGGAAGCUGCAGCCGGGCUGGCCUUCGAGGCUGGGGCAUGGGCACGCCAGGUGCUCACAGGAACGAGCUCCAUCAGCCCUGACCCCAUGAGGUGUUGCGACCAAGAGAGCUUGUUUCUCCUUUGGUGCAUGGGGGUACUGCGGUGGGCUCCUUCACCGUCCAUGCCCCACUCCCGAUAAGCCCCAUCUCAGUGCUCCCUGGGUGUCAUGGGCUCACGCAGUGCCACCGAGCCACUGUCCAAAAGUCUAGACUGACCUCCUGCCUCUCGCCCAUCCAGAGGACAAGGACUACCGGCAGCAGGCAGCUGUGCCCCUGGACAUCGAGACCCACGGCGGAGAGGACGUGGCCAUCAUGGCGCAGGGACCCAUGGCCCAUCUCUUCCACGGCAUCCAGGAGCAGAACUACAUCGCCCAUGUCCUGGCCUACGCAGGCUGCAUCAAGCCAUAUGACAGGCACCCCGACUGCCCUGAGCAAGUCCGGACUGAAGGUUUUGGAUCACCUGGCCUGGGUGUCUCACAUCGCCCCUCCUCGCUACCCCUCUUUGCACUCUGGGCCUGCCUUUUCUUGCUGAUGAUGUGACACUGAAAGACACACACACAAACAAACACACACACUACUGGAAAGCUCGUCUUCAAAAGACCUCUCUGGGCAUCACCUGGGAGGUUGCUAGUGUCCCCGGACGUUCCCAAAGGAACAUCAGUCUUGUUCAUUCAUUUGUUUGGCUUCAUUGCAUACAACUGUAUAUUAAUGGAUGGUGAUGCUCUCCUUAGCCUCAACUUUCAAAGAAUAAAGCGUGAUGUUGUUUUCUUUAUACCUGUA